GCCACCCUUGAUGGUUAUCAAACGUUCUGAGAUUCGCAAGAUCAGUGUGACCAUUCCAUGUGGCACCUAUUGUGAAACAGGUGCUGAACAAAGUUUGCCCUUGAAGUAUGAGGUCGCAUCAUUGGUCUUCAACACUGAAGCUGAUCCAGUGGCUACAAUCAGGGGCAUCAAUGGUCAGGCAUACAUUCAGUUGGAACGUCAGAACAUGCCGGGCGAAGAGGUCAAGAAGAAGCGUGGAAUUACGAACGAUCUCAAGAUCGGAGAUGUGGUGAUUGGUGUUGAGUCGUCUGUGGCCGUGGAAGAGCCAACAUCCAAACGUGCAAAGUUUA